UUGAAAGAGAGAGAUGGAUGAACAAGUUGAGGUUUUGGGUAAGGCAUUUGUGGAUCAUUACUACAGUUUGUUUGAUAAUGAUCGACGAUCUCUUUCGUCUCUUUAUCAGCCAAUCUCGAUGAUGACAUUUGAGGGUCAAAAAUUUGAAGGGUCGGCUAAAAUCUCUUGUAAACUGAAUGAUUUGCCGUUUGAUCAGUGCAAACAUUUGAUCAGUACUGUCGAUUCUCAGCCGUCUGUCUUUCCAGGUGGCAUCGUGGUCUUUGUCAGCGGUAGCCUUUGUCUAGCCGGAGAAGAACAUUCUCUCAGAUUCAGCCAGAUGUUUCAUCUCGUCCCAACUCUUGAAGGGAGCUAUUUCGUGCAGAAUGACAUUUUCCGACUCAACUAUGGCUGAUAUUUGUUUUAAUCUGUUCAUCUUAUUUCAUUGUUGUAAAUAAAUGAAUUCUGGAAUAUUUGGAAAGUAUCAUCUUUCUUUCUGAUGUAA